AUGUAUGGCCCGCGUGAACCUUCGUCAUCUCGGUCUCAUUCACCUGCGUGUCCUCCUGGGACAUCACCUCGUCCCCCAGUACCAGAGCGUCCGCCAUACGACGUGCCUCAAACAUACCAACAUCCCCCGCCUCUCCCUAGUGCUCCAUCUGUCACGCCGACAGCUGCAGGUGCUCCGCCGCGUAUUUCUCCUACCUCAAGCUCCGAACGACGUGAACGCGGUUCAGGCGAUCUGCGGACAGUCAGCUUUCCACGUGCGGUGCUCCCGCGGUUCCUUUCUAUCGCUGCUGUAAACACUGCUAAGAACCGUGAGACGUGUGGAUUGCUCCUUGGAAGGCAACGUGGAAGCAAGUUCGUAGUAACGACUCUACUUAUCCCGAAACAACAUUCGACGAGUGAUACAUGUAAUAUGGAUGAGGAGGAACUCGUACUUGACUUCACGGAGACGCGGGGUUUGAUCACGCUUGGAUGGAUUCAUACGCAUCCUACACAGUCUUGUUUCAUGUCCUCCGUCGACCUACAUACCCACUCCGGUUUCCAACGCAUGCUCCCUGAAUCCUUCGCAGUAGUCUGUGCACCGCAGCACACACCUAACUUCGGCAUAUUUCGGCUUACCGACCCACCUGGAUUGCAAACAAUUCUUGAUUGUGACCAGCAGAGUGCUUUCCAUCCGCAUCCGGAGCUACCUAUCUACACAGAUGCGGAUAAAGGCCAUGUACAGAUGCGGGACAUGGAUCUAGAAAUUGUCGACCUUCGGUAA